CAUUUGAAUACUCUAGCCUUGUGGAGUUGUACGCACUCCGUCGAACUCACUGAUUAUACUCCUAGAUACCCAAAAACCAGAAAGAGAGGGACGCCGAUCCAUCAAGCAGCCCAACUGCCCAAGAGCACCGCAUACCAUCUUCAAAUCUCAACCCAGGUAACCAUUCUUCGUUUCUUUCCGACUAAAGCAAUCAGCUUUUUUCUCAAUCAAGUCAAAUGCUUCGUUUAUUUUGCAACAAACUGCCCCAACAAUUAAGGCGUAAAGCUUCGCCGCUUAGCCAUGGCAAAUUGUUCUCAACCUUCACUCUAAAAACCAUUUCAAAACUCCCUAAUUCCAAGGACCCACAAUCUCUGACAGUCUCCUUCCUCCAAAACUCAUGCGGGUUGUCCUUGGAAUCAGCCAUUUCAGCUUCCCAGAAGCUCAACAUUGACAACCCAAAGAACCCCAACUCAGUUCUGGACCUGUUGAGAACUCACGGUUUGACUCAGACCCACAUCAGAAAUCUAAUUAGCAGUCGUUCACUAUUGCUUUUGGCUGAUUUAGAGAAUACCCUUAAGCCCAACAUGAAGUUGUUUGAAUCCUUGGGGUUCUCUGGCACUAGCCUUGCGAAAAUGCUUAGCAGAGACCCACGUGUGCUUGAAAGUGAUGCAUACACUGUUGUUGAGUUUUUUAGAGCUCAUGGUUUCAGUGAUGACCAAAUAUCAACUUUGACCAUGAAGCGUCCACUAUUGUAUUUUCUCAAUGCACACAAGAUCUUUAAGCCAAAGUUGGAGUUUUUCAAAUCUCUGGGUUUGUCGAAUCUUGAAAUUGCGAAGCUUUUAUCCACGGCGCCUUAUAUUCUAGAAAGAAGCCUCGAAAACCAAAUCAUUCCUUGUGUCCAAGAGCUUAGGCGGAUUCUUGGCACUGAUGAGAAUGUCUUAAAGGCUAUUAAGGCAUGCUGCUCUAUAGUUGGAUUUAAUGUGGAAGUAGUACAGCCCAACAUUUCGAUGUUGAUAAGCCAUGGUGUACCCGAGUCAUUAGUUUUGAAAAUGUUCUUGAUUCAGCCAAAGUUGCUACUUGUGAGGACUUAUCGGUUUAGUGAGAUUGUUAGUGACGUAAUGAAAUUGGGUUUUGAUCCCAAUAGUCUGCUAUUUGUUUCGGCCAUCCGUGUGAUGGCAGUAAUGAGUAAGACACUGUGGGAGCAAAAGGUGGAAGCUUAUAAAAGUUUUGGUUUGUCAAAGGAUGAGAUCUAUUCAACAUUCAAAAGGCAGCCAUUGUUUAUGAUUGUUUCUGAGAUGAAGAUCAAGAAAUUGAUGGCUUUCUUUGUGAACAAACUGAAGAUGAAGCCUUUGCUGAUUUCCAAGAAUCCUAAUCUUUUACUCCUUAGCUUGGAGAAAAGGAUUAUUCCGAGGUGUUCAGUUUUGCAACUUUUGAUGUCAAAGGGGUUGAUUAAGGCAGAUACUAACCUUGUUCGUGUGUGGAGAAUGACUGAGAAAAAAUUUGUGGAGAAGUUAGUGUGCAAGUAUCAGAAUGAGGUUCCUGAUGUUGUUAGAGCACACCAAGGCAAGAUAGAAUUUCAUGGGUUCUCCAUUGAUUUGAAAAUGUGAGUCAUCAUGAGAUCAUGAAAUGAUUUGAGCAUCGCCAAAAGAUGAGGAGUUCAGUUUCAGUUCAUUAUUUUGGCAGUCAGCUGUUUAUCUUUAUCUAAGGAAUUCGAUGAUGACAUAAAUUCCAGGUUCUGCAAUGGCUUCAUUUAGUUUAAUCCAUCUGAAUUGUUCACCAUAGUUCAGCUUCAGCAAUAGAAACUACUCAAAGUUGAGUUGAAACUUUUAAUGUAUACGACUCCUGACAUUACAGGUUAAGAGAAGUAAACCUUGGCAUGCUCUGAUACACUGGAGGAUGAUGUUAUUUGUAAGUAUCGAGGCAUUUUAGGAUGUUCAGACGUUACCACUCUUUUUCUCCAAAAUUUUCAAAAACUCCCUCCCAACAAAUCCUCCGGCCCCCACUGCUACCGCCAACGCAACCGGAGACUAGCCGCCCACCGCCGAGUUCGUCACCUCCGCUCACCGCCGCCCUCCCUCUCUCUCUCUCCGCCUUUUCUAUAUUUCGUCGCCCACCGCCGGCCAGUCACGCCACCCACUACCUACCCGAUCUCUCCACGGUUAGUCUCUCUCUCUCUCUCUCAGCUCACUUGUUGAAAAAAUAGUGAACUAACAACCUGUUCAGCUAUAGUGCUUACCUAGACUUAUUGAAAGAGGCAAAAUUGCAGAGACUUAAUUUUCCAGAGCCUUCCGCCACAGACUUGACUGUGUUGAUUUUGCGUCUUGCAAGCUGCUUCUAUUCUCAGGCAAUGAAAAUUGUGCUUCAGGGUGGAGUUUCUCAAUUGCCACAAUGGUGGAGAAUGAUACUGAGAUAAAUGGUGAUGAUUCUAACAGUUUGUUCGAACUAGAAAACCUCCACCACAAUCCUUUGAGUAUUUUUUUUUUUAUUUUUUUUAUUUGUGACAACCUUGUGUAUAAUCAAGUUUCUGAGCUUCAUAUAAACGUUUUUUACAAUUAUGAUUGGAACGGCCAUUGUUUGCUCAACUAUUAGACAAUGUUUUAUCGAAU